UUCGCUGCGUUGUUAUCAAAACAAGGAAACAUGGCGGAUAGCCUACGUGACGAUACAAGCAUAGACAGUAUUAUCAAUAAAUGUGAUAUUUGUGAGCGUGUUGUCAACCUGAAAUUGUGUGCUAGAUGUAGGGCAGUAGCAUACUGUUCGAAAAAUCAUCAAAAACAAGCUUGGCCGGAGCACAAAGCUUUUUGCAAAAGAUCAAUGCAGAAAACAGCCGCGAAAACUAGUGACAGUGUCAAUAAAACAGAUACCGGGGGCUUAGGAGAACAGUUAUCAUCUUUAUCGAUCGAUUCUCAAGUAGCAUCGUCUGCUGUCACGUCCACAAAGAAACGUGUUAUGCAUCAGUGUGAUGAAUUAAAAAAAGACGAAUAUUAUGAUUUGUUUACAAGUGAUUGCGAUUCAUCACUUGAAACUUGUCAUGCAGAUGGAGCCACAGCGAUAAAAAAUACGGAAAAUAAUUUACCAUGUGACAGUGAACAACAUAAGACUGAUAUAAAUACUGAAAAUAAUGCACAGUUUAAUGCAGAAAGUGAUGUAACUGAAAGUGGAAGCUCUGAGAAGUUUAUUCUUGAAACUGAGGAAUCGGUUUUGCAUGCCCCAGAUUAUACGCAGCAGGCCGAAGCACAAAUAACUAGCAAAGUAAACGAUAAAAAGAUGCCAUACCUUAGUGUUAUAGAAGGGAGAAAUAAGACUUUAGGUGAUUAUGUCAUUAAAUGUCUUAAUUCUUAUGGGAUAUGUGUUUUAGACAAUUUUUUAGGAGAUUCUAAAGGAACUGAUAUUCUAGAUGAUGUGAUGUUGAUGCAUGAACAUGGUGAAUUAACUCGUGGACAACUUGUUAACACUAAUUCCCCUGGAAAUGAAGUGCGAGGGGAUGUUAUCACAUGGGUAGACGGGUCUGAACGUGGUUGUAACAAUGUUAAUUUUCUUAUUUCUUCAAUAGACGCUAUUAUGUUACAUUGCCAAAGAUCUCUUGGACAAUAUCAUAUUAAAGGAAGAUCAAAGGCAAUGGUUGCAGCUUACCCUGGCAACUCAACGCGAUUUCUCCGACAUGUUGAUAAUCCCAGUGGUGAUGGGCGCUGUGUUACAUGUAUUUAUUACCUCAAUAAAAACUGGAAUUCUAAGGUAAAUAGACAAAAAAAUAUCAGUUUUUGAAUCCCUGAUGUAAAA